AUGAAAAAUGUACUCAAAUAUGACGGAAAUAAUAUGUUGCUCCCAGACUGGGUAGAACGGCUGAGGACAGCGGCAAGACUGUAUGAAGUACCCGCAGCCCAUCAGACCAAUCUGGCCUUAAAUGCACUGGAAGGUGAUGCCAGGCAAGCUGUGAUUGUUUUGCCCUUGAAACAAUGGAAUACUAUAGACGCUUUUUUGGGCCGCCUUGAGUCACUCUACGGGGAUGUCACUUUCGCCACCGAUCUGCAAAAAAAGUUCUAUACUAGAAUCCAGCAGGAAGGUGAAUCGGUACAGCAAUUCUCAGUGGCUCUACAGGUGUUGUGGAAGCAGCUCAUGAAGAAGGAUCAGGAAGGGUGCUCAGCUGUGCUGAAUGCCGACCGCCUGCUUCGGGAUCAGUUCAUCUCCGGGCUCAGGUGCCGCAUGACCAGGCGGGCUCUAUGGGACUAUGUGAGACUGGCGGACGAUGGGUCCUUACAGGAUGUUAUGCGUGAAGCCAUUGUUUUAACAAAAGAUGAGAUGGAAAGUGCCUGUGUGGCUGUGCAAGAAUUACAGCACAGAGAGACUCCAGGAAACACAUUCUAUGAGUUUGCUAAGGACCUUUGUGAUUCCCUAAGAGAACCUAAAGAUGAGAUCUCUCAACUGAAGCACUCAGGUGGAGAAGCAAACCUAUUAACUUUCUUGAUUUUCUGGAGAAGUAAUUGCGGACUUUCACCGUCUUGUCGUUGUUAUAUGAUGGCCAUCGCGGUCGCGGAUACACUGGUCCUCAUUCAGAUUGUCAUUCUGGAGAUGAUCCUUAAGUUCUACACCCUAGAGCCUUUCUGGAGUCGAGGGCCUUGGUGCAUGAUCCGAGAUUUGCUAACGUAUGGUGCUUACAAUGCUUCUGUCUGGCUGGUUGUCUGCUUUACCAUAGAACGUUUCAUCGCAAUCCGAGCUGUGUGUGUCAAACCCAAGAUAUGUACUAAAAUAUGUACACUCUACCUAAUAGGGGCUGUCUUUUUCUGUAGUCACCUGCUGUCUAUUCCAUAUUUAUGGUCAAAUGAAUCCAAGCCACUGAAUGGGACCAAUGGAUUUAUAUGUGUCUACAAUUCUCAGUUGACAAAGCUGUACGUGGAUUGUUUGGUAUGGCUUCAGAACACUCUUGUAUAUAUCAUACCAUUAAUUAUCAUCUUUACUCUCAAUGGAUUCAUUUUAAAACAGAUCUGCCAAAGCAACAAAGUGCACAGUGAAAUACAGCAAAACCGCAAGAGUUUUUUAGCGUUUGUCAUGGUGAAGAAGCAACGUUUGAAGUCAAUGGUGCUAUUAGUGACCAUUUCCAUGACUUUUUCUUAUCUAUGCACCACACGUUUUGUUACCCAAGUCCUUAUCAAAACAAUGCACUAUGAUAUAGAUAGAGAAGACUAUAGUAAAAGCAUUAACAUUGCUGCAGACAUGGGCACCAUGCUUGACCUUUCCAACUCUGCAGUCAACAUGUAUCUGUAUGCUUGUACUCAGCCAAGAUUUCGAAAGGAGAUUAUACAGCUGGUAAAAUCUUUGACAAACAUCAGGCAUUCACUGGACAGAAAAGAA